AUGAGCGGCUUCCGCUUCCUCAAUCUCGUCCGUCCAUUCCUUCCAAUCCUUCCCGAGGUCUCGUCGCCAGAGCGCAAAGUCCCCUUCAACCAAAAAAUCCUAUGGACUGCCGUCACGCUCCUAAUUUUCCUUGUCUGCUCGCAAGUACCAUUGUAUGGUAUCAUGUCCUCUGAUUCAUCGGACCCUCUAUACUGGAUGCGUGUCAUCCUUGCGUCAAAUCGUGGAACUCUCAUGGAACUCGGUAUUUCGCCAAUCGUCACUUCUGGCAUGAUCAUGCAACUCCUUGCGGGUGCAAAUUUGAUUGAUGUGGAUUUCUCGCUGAAAGAGGACAGGGCCCUUUUUUCUGGUGCUCAAAAGCUCUUCGCUUUGAUCAUUUCCCUUGGCCAGGCGACCGUGUACGUGUUGACCGGGCUUUACGGCCAGCCGAGGGACCUCGGUGCAGGUGUUUGCUUGUUGCUCAUCAUUCAACUCGUGUCUGCGGCCCUUAUCGUCAUCCUCCUCGAUGAGCUCCUUCAAAAGGGCUACGGUCUCGGCUCAGGUAUCUCGCUUUUCAUUGCCACGAAUAUCUGCGAGUCCAUUGUAUGGAAAGCAUUUUCCCCCACCACCAUUAAUACCGGCCGUGGUCCUGAGUUUGAAGGAGCUAUUGUUGCCCUCUUCCAUCUCCUCUUCUCCUGGAACGACAAAGGCCGUGCGCUCAGAGAGGCAUUCUGGCGGGACAGACUCCCUAACGUCAUGAAUCUCAUUGCCACGAUUGUUAUCUUCGCCGUCGUGAUUUAUCUCCAGGGCUUCCGCCUCGAGAUCCCCGUCAAGUCCAACAAAUUCCGAGGUCAACGCGGUUCCUACCCCGUCAAGCUCUUCUACACCUCAAACAUGCCCAUCAUGCUCGAGUCCGCACUCACCUCCAACGUCUUCAUUGUUUCUCAAAUGCUCGCAACCCGCUUCCCUGAUAAUCUCUUCGUUCGUCUGCUUGGUGUUUGGGAGCCCAUGGAAGACUCCCCUCAACUCGCUGCCACCUCUGGUAUCGCGUACUACAUGUCCCCUCCUCACACCAUGAAGGAAGCCAUUCUGGACCCAAUCCACACAGCGAUCUACAUUAUUUUCAUCUCCACCACUUGCGCACUUUUCUCCAAGACGUGGAUUGAAGUCUCCGGUUCUGGCCCUCGCGACGUUGCCAAACAACUCAAGGAUCAACAAAUGGUUAUGGCUGGUCACCGUGAAGGCUCGAUGUACAAGGAACUCAAGCGUGUCAUCCCUACUGCUGCCGCCUUCGGUGGUGCUAUCCUCGGGCUUCUCUCUGUAGCUGCUGAUCUCCUUGGUGCCAUCGGCUCCGGCACUGGUAUUCUCAUGGCCGUUACUAUUAUCUACAGCUACUGGGAAAUCGGCAUGCGCGAAUCAGGAGGACCAGAAAUGGCUGCCCUCGGGGACUUGCUAUAA